AAUAUGGCGAAGUUGCUAGGUUUAGAUAAAGUUUGGAACUUUUUCAAAAUAAUACAAGCGAAUGGUGGUCUUCGUAAUUCUUUGCGCGUACUAUACAGGAUUGAUGAAUUAAAGUUAGGGACCUUAGUAGGUGAAGAUAAAUAUGGAAAUAAAUACUACGAAAAUAAUUCGUACUUUUUUAGCUCCAAUAGAUGGGUGGUAUAUAACGAAAAAGUUGGUCUAGAUUAUGAUGGUUCACAAGUCCCAGCAGAAUGGUUUGGAUGGUUACAUUAUAAGACAGAUUUACCUCCACAUAAGGAUCCAAAUCGACCUAAACAUAAAUGGAUAAUGGAUCAUACGGAAAAUUUGAGUGGCACAAAACAUGCUUACAUGCCUUAUAGUACUACAAAAUCGAAAAUUGAACCUUGGAAACCACCGCAGUAAUAUACUUCCAACAUAAUUUUAACAUAGAAUUG